AUGGGUCUCGUUCCCGACUGGAUGCUCGAGCGCGUGGGCCUGAAGGACAAGAGCGCGUCAUGGGCUGCUACGGUGCUGAUAGGCGGCCCUCUCGCGGCCAUGGGCGCAUACUACGGCAUCAUGACAAUGGUCGAGCACUACGUUCCAUAUGAGUGGCAGUACCGGCCGGGAACGAUCUCGGCGUACUUCGCACGGCGGCUCGCCAAGCACGCCAAGCGGCGUCGCGCCCGGCGGCCGAUCCGCGUCUACAUGGACGGCUGCUUUGACAUGAUGCACUACGGGCACGCCAACGCCCUGCGGCAAGCCAAGGCGUGCGGCGACGUGCUCGUCGUCGGCUUGAUUCCCGACAGCGAGAUCGAGGCCGUGAAGGGUCCGCCGGUGUUCAACAACGAGGAGCGGCGCACGAUGGUGGAGGCGAUCAAGUGGGUCGACGAGGUGCUGACCGACGUGCCCUACAACUUGACCGAGGACUUCCUGGCCGAGUUGUUCCGGCGGCACAAGAUCGACUACGUCGUCCACGGAGACGAUCCGUGCCUCCUGCCCGACGGGACGGACGUGUACGCGGUCGCCAAGCGCCUGGGCCGGUUCCGGAUGAUCAAGCGGACGGAGGGCGUGUCGUCGACGGACAUCGUGGGCCGCAUGCUGCUGUGUUCGCGCGAGCACCUGCACAAGCUCAAGGAGCGCGCGCGGCAGACGAUGCUCGACUCGUUCGCGGAGGGCGACCUCACGGACAGCGACGACGACGGCCUCCCGGGCACCUACGCGCCGAACAACAAGGUGCCAUCCUCGCGCGUGUCCAAGUUCCUCCCGACGUCGCACCGCAUCGUGCAGUUCAGCGACGACCGCGUGGCACAGGCCGGCGCGCGCGUCGUGUACAUCGACGGCGCGUGGGACAUGUUCCACGCCGGCCACGUGGAGGUCCUCAAGGCCGCGAAAGCGAAAGGGGACUUCUUACUGGUCGGCGUGCACGACGACGACGAAGUGCGGGAGCGGCACGGAGGUUUGCCGCACCUGCCGAUCAUGAACGUGCACGAGCGCACGCUGAGCGUGCUGGCGUGCAAGUACGUCGACGAGGUGAUCAUCGGGGCGCCGCUCGUCGUCACGGAGGACCUCAUCAAGACCCACAACAUCGGCCUCGUGGUCGAGGGCACCUCCGGGGAACGCCACCGCGAGGACCUGCGCGCGCUGCAGGACCAGAGCAUCCUCGGGGGCAGCCAGGCGGACCCGUACCGCAUCCCGAGGGAGAUGGGCAUCUACGAGGCGCUGCAGAGCCCCAGCACGAUGACCACGACGGAGAUCAUCCAGCGGAUCGUGCAGAACCGGCGCGCGUACGAGGAACGGAACCGGAAAAAGGUGGCCAGCGAGGCGCGCUACAACGAGAACAAGGCGUACGUGUCGGAGAAGUGA